CGCAUUGCUAAGGUCACGUGCUAAAUCGUUUUUUGAUUUUGCAAAGCUUUUUGUGAGGUCGGAUACUGUAUCUUUCGCCGAAAACAAGGCUCCUCAGACUUUCACUUUCUCUCUUCUGCAUACAUACUGUAUCGUUCGCUACACUGCACGAUGGCUAGUACGUCUACUAUCGUUGAGUGGUUGUGUCCCAUCUGCAAGCUUCCAUGGAGAUGGGGAGGCAAUACGCUCGAAGCAUGUCUUGAAUGCAACGGCCCCGUCCGGCCGCAGCUCCCAGCUGAUGUGCUCGGCACGAACCAGUCUGGUCCUCCCACUGCGGGAUCAAGGACAAAGAAACGAAGCAUGCUCAUGAAGAUGCGACGCUUUCUUCCCAGACUGACGAGAUUUCUGGCAAGGAAACCAUCUCCGACCCAGACUUUUCCAAGUCCAAUGUCAAGCAAGACUGAGGAUGGCAAAGCUGACUCUGUAGUGUCUGCACAAGGAGCACCGAUCCACAACUCAAGUCAGGACGAGGACAUUUCAAGUCCAAUGUCAGACAAGACUGAGGAUGUCAAAGGUGCUUCCGAGCAAGGCGCACCGAUCCACAACUCAAGUCAGGAUGAGGACAGUUCAAGUCCAAUGUCAGGCGAGACUGAGGAUGGUCAAGAUGACUCUGCGCAAGGAGCACUUAUCUCUGACUCACCUCAGGACGAGGACAAAGGAGAGAUCAAAGACUCCACCCCCAGCGAUGGUGGUGUUGAGGAUCCUCCACAGGUACUAGUCGUAGAUGAUCCUGCGCUCAGACACUAUUGUUUGCUGCACCACACUGCGGGUCAUUCAACGAAUGCAUGCCGCAGCCCGUGGUCAAAGAAGUAUCCCAAGCGCCGGGACCUCCGCUUGAGAUGGGAAAAGUUGCUGGACGGAAAAGGCGUUCCCCAGAACCUCCCCUUGGGCCGCGUUCCCGUAACAGUGUUCGGUGUCAUGAGACACCUCCAGAAAAUGAAUGAGUUUCUUUCCAAAGCCAGAUCCCACAUCGCUGCACGUGAUGACUUACUCUGGAAAUGUCGUGAGGUCCUUGAGCAGUAUAUGCCAAAGUAUCUCGCGACGGAAUUUGACGUGCUAGUGAGCAUGAUGUGCUGUCAAAAUGAUGAUCUCCUUGGGGUCAUCCGGCAGUCCCUCUACGCUAUCCGUUUAGAGAUCGUAGAUAAUGCGAUAAUCCGUGCAAUGCUUCAGGAGGGCAUUGAAGACAAGGUGACCAGUUUUGGGCACCAUCGGCUUGCAAGGUUCGCUGCGGAAACCCAGCACCCACUGCCGGCGCCUGAUCACGCGCGACUGGACAAUAUCAUCCAGACCCUACGUGGACAUGCCCGCGAACAUGAUUCUGUCACUCUUCAGGGCGCACUUCGUGUGGGUGACCUCAUGCACCCGGAGCGCAGACUGUUCAACGAACACAUGCUUUUCCAGAUGUGUUUCCAAGUUGUCCUGGACCUCAGUAUCUCUACUGCGCCGGGCGCACUCAAUGACUUUGGGGGCCACGCUCGAUACGGCAUGCAUCUUUUCAUGUGGCCGGAUCUUGAGAAACGCCGAGCAGAACUUGAAGAGUGCAUGGACGCCUUCACCGCCAUGCGGACUGCUAGAGAGGCUGCGGCGCAGAGUGACGAAGGCUAG